UGCAGUUCACUCAGCCCACCAUGCUUUACUGAGGAGGACCGAUUCAGCCUAGAAGCUCUUCGCAUGAUCCAUAAGCAAAUGGAUGAUGACAAAGAUGGUGGGAUUGAAGUAGAUGAAAGUGAUGAGUUUCUAAGGGAAGAUAUGCAAUACAAGGAUGCCUCUAAUAAACAUAGUCACCUACACAGAGAAGACAAACAUAUUACCAUUGAGGAUCUGUGGAAACGCUGGAAAACAUCUGAAGUUCAUAACUGGACUCAAGAGGAUACUCUUCAGUGGCUCUCAGAAUUUGUUGAACUGCCUCAAUAUGAAAAGAAUUUUAGAGACAGCAAUGUCAAUGGGACAGCACUUCCCAGGAUAGCAGUAAAUGAACAUGCUUUCAUGAUCUCUCACUUGAAAAUAAUUGACCGGAGCCAUAGACAGAAGCUACAGCUUAAAGCUUUGGAUGUUGUUUUGUUUGGACCUCUCACACGUCCCCCUCACAACUGGAUGAAGGAUUUUAUAUUAACAGUUUCUAUAGUUAUUGGGUUUGGAGGCUGCUGGUUUGCAUAUACACAGAACAGAACCUCAAGAGAACAUAUCACAAAAAUGAUGAAGGACUUAGAAAGUCUCCAAACAGCAGAACAAAGUCUUCUUGACUUGCAGGAAAGACUUGAGAAAGCACAAGAAGAGAAUAGAAAUGUUGCUGUGGAAAAGCAAAAUCUGGAACGCAAAAUGAUGGAUGAGAUCAAUGAUGCAAAACGGGAAGCUCAUCGCCUAAGGGAGUUGAGGGAGGGAGCUGAAUGUGAGCUCAGCAGGCUCAAAUACGCAGAGGAAGAGUUAGUACAGGUUCGCAUGGCUUUAAAAAAGGCUGAGAAGGAGUUUGAGCUGAGAAGUAAUUGGUCCGUUCCUGAAGCUUUGCAGAAGUGGCUUCAGUUAACACAUGAAGUUGAAGUACAAUAUUAUAAUAUCAAAAGACAGCAUGCAGAAAUGCAAUUAGCAAUUGCCAAAGAUGAGGCAGAAAAGAUAAAAAAGAAGAGAAGCACUGUAUUUGGAACAUUACAUGUUGCACACAGCUCCUCGCUGGAUGAAGUGGACCAUAAAAUCCUUGAAGCAAAGAAAGCACUCUCUGAGCUGACAACAUGUUUGCGAGAACGUCUUUAUCGAUGGCAACAGAUUGAGAAGAUUUGUGGUUUUCAAAUAGCACACAAUUCUGGGCUACCAAGCUUGACAUCAUCGCUCUACUCUGAUCACAGUUGGGUAGUUAUGCCUCGAGUUUCCAUUCCUCCGUACCCAAUUGCAGGGGGAGUUGAUGACUUAGAUGAAGAUACUCCUCCAAUAGUUUCCCAAUUUCAUGGGUCCAUUGUAAAACCUCCCAGCACACUGGCAAGAAGCAGUAGCUUGUGUCGAUCAAGACGUAGUGUUGUGCCAUCAUCUCCACAGUCUCAGCAUGCUAUGCACUCCCCUGACCCUGACAUCCUUUCUGUGUCGAGCUGCCCAGCUCUCUAUCGAACUGAAGAGGAGGAGGAAGCCAUUUACUUCUCUGCUGAUAAACAAUGGGAAGUACAGGAAACAGGUUCGGAAUGUGACUCCCUAAAUUCAUCUAUUGGAAGGAAGCAGUCUCCUCCAGCAAGUCUUGAGAUAUAUCAGACACUUUCUCCUCAGAAAGUAUCCCCAGAAGAAUUCUCACUCGAGGAAUCCUCUACAGGAGACUCCUCUUCUCUAACUGCAGAUAUUUCUAGGGGCUCUCCUGACUGUAUAGGCAUGGCAGAAACUAAGAGCAUGAUCUUUAGUCCUGCAAGCAAAGUUUAUAAUGGAAUCCUGGAAAAGUCCUGCAGCAUGAACCAGCUUUCAGCUGGGAUCCCAGUCCCGAAGCCUCGGAACACCUCGUGUUCUUCAGCCAGCAGUGAUAGUAAGCCCAGUCAUGAAGCUGCUUCUGUUCCUAGGAUAAGUAGCAUCCCACAGGACCUCUACCAAAAUGGUGAAAAAACCAAAAAGCCAUCAAAAAUAAAAAGCCUCUUUAAGAAGAAGUCUAAGUGAGGUUGGCAGAAGAAACCUAUAGUAAUGCUAUAAGAACUCUGUUUUUUUAAUCUUUAGGAAUGUAAUUCAAUUUGAGCAUUCCAGACUGGAUGCCCUAAUGGAAUGCUCAGUAGGUCAACUAUAUUUAACUGACUGUACUGUCAAAGGUUGUGCCAGCUGUCAAUAAGAAAUCAUUAAAAAGUUCAGACAGUUUACAUUCAUUUCUGCCUAUUUAUUUCCUUUUUCU